UUGCCCGGAGCCGCCAGAGAGCAGAGCUAAGCGAGCCGCGUACGAGCUGCCGCCUCUGUCGCCGGUGUGCCGGGCUCUGCCUCAGCAGCCCGCGCCGGCGCUUAGCGAGCCCGCCGGUCCAGCAGCGCCAGCUCCGCGGGCGGGUUCAGCAUCCUCCCGCCACCCGGCGCCCGCAUCAGUUCGCGCUGCCGGGCGACCUCUGGCCGGGCGCGGCUGCCUGCGAUACUUCGCUGCUACUUCUGCAGCCGCUUGGAAGUUUGCGGCUCCCGCCACAAAGUUGGGACACUUGGGCAAUUGAAUUUUGCUCUUUCAUCUGCCUCUGCCCUAGCGUGCGGGUCCCCUCGGUUCGUAGAUCCUGGUGCUUGACAUCUUGGUGGAAUCCUGGGACGUGGACCUUCCCCGCGCACCACAUCCUCGGGGAGAAAUAAAUUAAACAAACUUUCCUCUUCCCGCUAGGAAAAACAAACAAGUUCUUUAAGGAUGGUGCUGCUCCACUGGUGUCUGUUGUGGCUCCUGUUACCACUCACUUCGAGGACCCAAAAGCUGCCCACCCGAGAUGAGGAGCUUUUUCAGAUGCAGAUCCGGGAUAAGGCAUUUUUCCACGAUUCAUCCGUGAUUCCAGAUGGAGCUGAGAUCAGCAGUUAUCUCUUUAAAGAUACACCUAGAAGGUACUUCUUCAUGGUUGAGGAAGAUAACACCCCAUUGUCCGUCACUGUGACACCCUGUGAUGCACCUUUGGAGUGGAAGCUUAGCCUUCAGGAGCUGCCUGAGGAGGCGAGUGCAGAUGGAUCGGGUGACCCAGAACCACUUGACCAGCAGAAGCAGCAGAUGACUGACAUGGCGGGCACAGAACUGUUCUCCUACAAGGGCAAUGACGUAGAGUAUUUUCUGUCUUCAAGUUCCCCAGCUGGUUUGUAUCAGUUGGAGCUUCUUUCAUCAGAGAAAGACACAUAUUUCAAAGUAUACGCCACCACCACUCCAGAAUCUGAUCAGCCAUACCCUGAAUUACCAUAUGACCCUAGAGUCGACGUGACCUCCCUCGGACGUACCACGGUAACUUUAGUCUGGAAGCCGAGCCCCACAGCCUCUGUGUUGAAACAACCCAUCGAGUACUGCGUGGUCAUCAACAAGGAGCACAAUUUCAAAAGCCUUUGUGCGGUAGAAACAAAGCUGAGUGCAGAUGACGCCUUCAUGAUGGCACCCAAACCUGGUCUUGACUUUAGCCCCUUUGACUUCGCCCAUUUUGGAUUUCCAAUAGAUAAUUUGGGUAAAGAUCGCAGCUUCCUGGCAAAGCCUUCUCCCAAAGUGGGGCACCACGUCUACUGGAAGCCUAAGGUUGACAUUCAGAAAAUCUGCAUAGGAAAUAAAAACAUUUUCACAGUCUCUGACCUGAAGCCGGACACCCAGUACUACUUCGAUGUCUUCAUGGUCAAUACCAACAGCAACCUAAGCACGGCUUAUGUGGGUACUUUUGCCAAGACCAAGGAGGAAGCGAAACAGAAGCCAGUGGAGCUAAAAGAUGGGAGGGUCACCGACGUGUUUGUUAAAAGGAAGAAAACAAAGUUUCUGCGAUUUGCCCCAGUCUCCUCUCACCAAAAAGCCAGCUUCUUCAUUCACUCUUGUCUGGAUGCUGUUCAAGUCCAAGUGAGACGAGAUGGGAAGCUGCUUCUGUCCCAGAAUGUGGUAGGCGUUCGGCAGUUCCAGCUAAGAGGAAAACCCAGAGCAAAAUACCUCAUUCGACUGAAAGGCAGCAAGAAAGGAGCAUCUAUGUUGAAAAUACUGGCCACCACUAAGCCCAGUAAGCAGGCUUUCCCCUCUCUUCCGCAAGACACGAGAAUCAAAGCCUUUGAUAAGUUACGCACCUGCUCUUCGGUCACAGUGGCUUGGCUAGGCACCCAAGAAAGGAGAAAGUUUUGUAUCUACAGAAGAGAAUUGGAUGGGAACUACAGCGAAGACCAGAAGAGAAGAGAGCAAAACCGGUGCCUGGGGCCAGACACCAGGAAGAAGUCAGAGAAGGUCCUCUGCAAGUAUUUCCACAGCCAGAACCGGCGGAAAGCAGUGACCACAGAGACAAUCAGAGAUCUGCAGCCUGGCAAAUCUUACCUCCUGGAUGUUUAUGUCGUAGGACAUGGGGGACACUCUGUGAAGUAUCAGAGUAAAGUUGUGAAAACAAGGAAGGUCUGUUAGUUAAAUUGAGUGAAGAAGAUGUGGAGGACUCCGGGAGAGACACGGAAUCACUUUCUAAACUGACUACUCGCAUGGCGGACCAAAGUUGUGACCUGUGCUUGAAAGGAAGGAUACCAACACGUGUACAUUGAUGUCCGUGUAAUGUAACAUGGAGACUUGUACUCACACAUACCUGUGGUACUUAGGGUCCAUCUGUCUGACGCUGGUUGAUGUCAAAGGAAGAGGGUAUCUUGAUGGAUACCACCCCUUGCUUUGAGCAUUGCAUGAACUGCUUCUAAAUUAUUUUAUUACCUAAAAAUUUAAAAAUAUGCCAUUUGUUGCACACAUCCACAAAUGCAAAUCAUUCCUCUCUGUAGAUGCUAGGGGAAAAUAUAUAAAUAUAUAUAUAAAUUAUUUUAUAAAUUCUGUUUUAAAUGUUGGUGUUUCUAUUAUUGUAAGCUAUUAAAUUCUUUCUCUGUUAAAGUAUAGCUCUAAUCUAAGAUCACAUUGCCCUCUAGGCAGUAAUAUUGUGGUUGUAAAUUCUUAUUUGUUCAGUAAAAUGUUUAAAUGCUGUAUGUAUCUCAUGUAAAAAGUUGAUAUGCAUUAUAUUUAUGUACAUAAAAUUAAGAAUAUUAGAUUAUUACACUGUUCCUUUUCCCAAGCAGUACCGUGGUGUAUUCAAUUUCUUAUCUGUCCCUAAAACUGUGCUUUUCUGUAACUUGGCACUAAAAUUUACUCUUAUUUAGUAGCUAUGAUGGAAUAUUGCUUCUCUUGACCUUUAUUGGCAUCAGGAUCCAGUUAUUCAAGUCUGGAUUUGGGCACCAAGUAGGAGUCAGCCUCUCUGGGAGCUGAAGCACCACAACAGACCUGUUGGAGAAUAGGCAAGCCAAACACUAUCAGCCUGAUAAUCAAUCAUUUUAAACAUUUAUUUUAAGUGGUAAAAUUGAGAUAUUAUAAGUACUCCAUUUGCUUAAAUAUUUGCAGAUCUUUUUAACUACUGGUUGAAGCAACUGAGAACAUUUUGAUCAGGACUUUAAUCAGACAGAACAUGACCAUUACAGCUGCUGCUUAAAACACUCACAAACCACUGCUGCUGUUAGUUUUGAGUUUUCAUCUUGUUCUCGUUUUUAAAGGUAAUUGAAGUGUGAGACACAAGUCUAGCUGAUAACAUCUGCAGCCUCUACCAGGACAGCAUGAGGGCAGUUUUAUCCUCUGUAGGUUUUACUCAUAAAUACCAAGACAUCAUGAGACCACAAGACCAAGAUUCAGAAAUACCUGCCAUUUUUAAUCACCGAAAACAAUAUGCCUGUAGGAGAAUCUGUUGCUGUCCACCAUCCCCCUUUUCUGUUUAUGAAGUUGAGGUGGUAGUAGAUGUAGCUGCAGUGACUCUGUUAGAUGCCUUCUGUCAGAAGAAGUUGCCAUUUGUAAAUCUCGGGCUCUAUAUCUUUACUCUCUUUGCUGUCUGCUACAUGCCAGGCCAGCCUUUGCUAGGGAGAGUUCACCGGCAGCAUUGCUAUGGAGUAGAGGAAUAAGGUGGCUGAGAUGUGGCUACUCACAGUCCCUGUGACAUGUGCUCUGCUUUCCUUAAGAGUAAUGACAGUUAGGACAGACCCUCUAGCUCCUCUGCAGUGACUUUUAAGAAAAACUGGUUCAUCCACAUAAGGCAGGAAUGAUACCUGAGAUAAUUUUUUGAUGGCAGAAGACUGUGUACCCAAUGCUUUGUUUAAGCAACUGCCGUACAAGGAGAGACUGACAAUUAACACCCAGAGAAAAUAUAUUUAGCUGUAAACAUGGGAGAAACUGCUUCCUAAUGUUGCUGAGUGACUUGUGAGUGGGACUAUAGUGGACCAGCUUUACUGCAGCUUUGAUGGUCUGGGCUCUUGGGUACUGCCUAACACCUAUAGCUGGGAGCCAGGCUGAGCUGAUCUAACCCAAGUUGGCUUUUCUGCUAGCUGUGAUGGUGGUUUAUUCAUAUUCUGGACAAAUACAGGAAUUUUUUCAUGGCCUUAGAAAAUUUUGCCUUUUAAACUAAGGAAAAUGAAACAGCUAUCGUGAAAUGUCUACUGCUUGUAACAAAGGGGAAUCCAUGACAAUCAUGGCCUACUACUCAUGUGCCAAUAUUUCAACAGCAUCCAGGUAAGAUCAGGGACAAGAAAGAAAGACUCAUUCACAUUAACAAAAGAACUAUAACCUUGCUAGUGUGAAUGAAAACCCAGGCCUAUGUUAAUCUCCAAGUGAACAAUAGAUACUGUGGGGGGGGGAGGGUGUUACACAAUGCUGUGUGUAGAUGGAUUUGAAAAGAGAGGGUUUGGGGGUAUUUAGCUCAUUAUCUUUACUUUUCAGAUGCAAUGACAGAGAAAAAAAACAGAAUACAUUUAAAACAAGAGAAAUAAAAAUAGAUAAACUUUGUCGAGAUGUAGUGGUACACUCUUUUAAUCCCAGCGUGCAUAAGACAGAGGCAGGCAGAGCUCUGAGUUUGAGAUCAGCCUGUUCUGUUUAGUGAGUUCCAGGCCCACCAAGGGCUACAAGGUGAGACACUGUCUAGAAAACAAAACAGAAGAGAACAAAACAAACAAACAAAUGACCCCCUUCCCCCACCCCCCCAAAAAAAACAGUUUUAUAGUUGAAACAGCUAAGCAAUUUACUAUGCAGACUUCAAAAUCCUUUCCAAAUAUUAAUCACCGAUAUUUGGUUGAAAAAAGUCAUUUUGGGUUAGCUUUUAAAGAGUAGUAUCUUAAUCCCAGUCAUUUCUAAUUUUCUUGUUUGGAGACAAAGUAUUUCUAAUGUAGGUUUGCAUACAUAAAGUUAAGACAGAAAGGUUAUUAGUCUGUGUAUUAAUGGUAAAACCUAGAUUUUGGAAUCUAAAAUUAUUACGACUCUAUAAAACAUACAACAAAUUUUUUGUUAAUUUGUAAUCAGUAUCUACAUUAAUUUGUUUUGUGUAUAUGGGUGUUUUGUCUGCAUGUAUAUCUGUGCACCAAGUAUGUGCCUGGUACCUGUGGGGGCCAGAAUUGGAUGUUGGAUCUCCUAGAAUUGUAGGUCCAGAUGGUUGUGAGUCACUAUGUGAGUCCUAGGAAGUGAGCCUUGGUCCUCCAGAAGAGCAUCCAAUGCUCUUAACCACUGAAUCAUCUCUCUAGGCCCUAGAUUAGUUUUUAAAGAUGCAUUCAAAGUUUAGAGCUGAAAAAAAAAAACAUGUGCAUCCUUAAUUUUUGUUGCCCAAAACACAUCUGAAGUAACUAUAUUUUCCAUGCCCUGAAUAGUCAAGUGAGAACUGUCAUGAGAACUCAAUUAAAACUUAGAAUUUGAAUUUGAGCAACACUUAAUGCUUCUUUCAAAAUUUUAGAGAUUAUUUUAUUGUAUGUAUGGGUGUUCUAUGUGCAUGUGUGUGCCUUGUGUCUGCAGAAGACAGAAGAGGCAUUGGAUCCCUUGGAAUUGGAGUUACAGAUAGUGGUGAACUGGCAUAAGGAUGCUGGGAAUUGAACCUGGGUUCUUUGGCAGAGCAGCAGGUGCUCUGAACCACAGAGCCAUCUCACCAAACCCAUAACUUAAUGUUUCUUACUUACUUUUUGGGAUGGUUGGGGUUGGGGGUACUCAGUGAAAUCACACACACUAACACAUUCUUGCUUACAAUUUCAUGAUUAGGUGUCGUUUAAUCCAGGAUCCCUUCUAGCACUUUACCAAUCCCUUUCAUAUGUCAAUUAGUACUGUCCCCCUUCCAAUGCAGGAAGUGAGAGCUCCUCAGGACACCAACCCACGUUCCAUAAUUCCCUCCCAACACUUUGCCAACACUUCCACAGAACGGCUAACAUGGCCACCAUACUGUACAAUGAGGAAAUUGAGGGCUCUCCAGGACUGGAACCCAGGUUCCUUCAUUCCCAACUUAAUGCUUACUCAGGACUUGGUUUAAAGCCUGACUUCGCUGUAGGAAGCAGACAACAGCUUACCCAACUGAUCUCUACAGACCACCUGUCUGAAGAGUGCCACAAAACAAAACCUGGUGGCUACUUGAACAAGCUUUUCUGGAACUUUACGGUGGUUGCUUCCUGUCACACUUUGAUGGGGUGUCAUAGAGAUGAAAUCUAUGGGGAACUUAUCUGCAGCUUCUCUCCCAGGACCAAGUCAAGGUGACUACAUGCAGAUGUUAGCUGUAAUCGGUUUGUAGCUUUCUGGGUGGCCUGGGAGGCAUCAGGGCACAUUCACCAUUUGUUUUCCUCCAGAGAUCCUUGGCCAGAAAUAUGCAUAGUCGUGUGAUAUCUGGGCCUUUGCUGUUGGUUUGAUAAUGGAAAGUUCAAGAGGGAAGAGCAGACCAAAAAGUAGAGUACAGAAAGAAGGGCAGUUUUUAUCUAAUUUCCCCUUCUGAGAGGCCCCAGAGAUGAAGAGAAGUAAAAGUUGUAAUACAAUCUGUUUUAUUAAGAUUUUGCAUGCUGUCCUACAUGCAACUCACACUGGAGAUUCUGACCCAAAUCACUAUCCUCUAUUAGAAUUGUGUCCUACUGACAGACACUUCAUUUCCUAGGAGUGCCCAAAUAUGUGCACAGACGUGAUUGGUUUAAUUUCUCCUUACACCCUUCUUUCCAACCUGUGGGAACUAUUCUUAGUUAAUAGGGUGGCCUUACAGAUCUACCCUGUAUUUCUUUCAUAGAUGGUUUUGUAGUAUUUUCACUUGCAAAAGGGAAAGAGGGAUUUCUGAUGCACUGCAUAGAAAAGCAAUUGGCCCAGGAUUGAAGAAUUGAGUCUUAGACACAGUGACCCAGCUUCAUUGUCUCUAGGUAGGUGUCAGUAGAGACAGAAAGGGGCCAGUUUUGGAGAGAGAAAGGACCUUAGGUCCUAGUAAAAUUCAAGGAUGUUUAUAUUAUUCUGCACUACUAUGUUUUCACAGUUGGAGGGAUUACAACAAGAGGCAAUUACAGACAAGGAUUCUACUGGAACAUAGCCACUACUCACUAAGCUGCCCAAGACUUUUGGGAAAGUGGGUGUUCUUGAAACUUGUUAGAAAUGUAAUUUUGAGACUGAGCCAGAGGCAGACAUAUAAGGCAACCUACUGGGAUAGAGCCUUGCCCCAAGACAUCAGGUAUGGGUAUAGUAUUUGAGUGAACACAAAGGUGUAAAUCAGAGCUGUUGGAGGACCAGUGUUGAUCGAGAGUGACAGGAUGCAGAUGGUGUGGCCUAGAAAACAAGACUAAAUUGAAAAUGAGAUGUUGGAUGAGCCUGCUGUUUCAGGUUGGCCCUGGCAUAAAACUGGGCUAUUUUUUUAAGCAGCAGUUUCUAAUCAUAGUCUCACGCUCCCUCCCUCCUACCCUCUUUUUCUCUCUCUCCCUUUCUCCUCCCAUCUUCCUCUCUUUCUAUCCCUCUCUCCCCCUUCUCACAAAUACUGCCUAAGAUCAGCAUCCAAACAAAUUAUGAGUUGGAAAAAGCAAACAUGCAGAGUUCUUGUCUGCAAUCGUCUCUUGGUAAAAUCUCUCUGAUUGUGAAAGCAUAAUAGCACAGGAUAAUAUAAGCUGUUGCUUCAGGGUGAACCUUACAAAGCCCUGAAGUGUCUAUAUUUAAUUAUUAUUCUAGCAGGAUUUUGCUCCUGAGUAAAAUUAUCUAUACCAAGCAGAAACAAGCAUUUAGUACUUGAAGCACAGAGGGUUUGAGGCAUUCUAGAAAAUGUGCUCUGAACUGUCAAGGAGGACUUAGCACACCAGUACCUUUAUCACACUGGCUGGAAUAGUCACAUGCUGCUAGACAGACACCCCCAAGAACCACUGAGGAAGGUCUGUCUACCUGGGGCUCGGGAAGUGGCUUGGAGGUGAAGAGCACUGGCUACUCUUCCAGAGGACCUGAGUUCAAUUCCCAGCACAUACAUGGCAACUCACAACCCUCUGUAACUCCAUUCCCAAGGGAUCCAAUGUCUCCUUCUGGCCUCUGAAAUCAUGCAGGUGGUGCACAGAAAUUAUGCAGACAAAAUAUCCGUACACAUAAAACAAGCAAAUUAGUUUUAAAAAGGAGUUUCUGUAUGCAAAAUAACUAGAUUGUGAUGUAACCAUUCCUAUAGUAAGGGCAAUAGGCACAGAGGGCUACAGCGGUUAACAGCACUGCCGUAAUCCAAUGCUUGGUUGCCACGCAGCCCAGCAGUGGCUAACUCUUAGAAUGUUUAAUGCUCACUACGUUUUCAGGAUGUAGUAAGAACUUUAGGUGAGUGAGACAAACGAGCACACAAACAUUUGCUUAAAUAAAGAAAUAAUAUUCCAGCAGUUUCAUCAUGACAACUGUUUUAUAAGCCAUUUACAUUGGUAGCAUUAACUGUCUCCUUUUUUUGAAUGUAAAGUUUGUCAAUCUGCCUUCCAGCUGUAAGCUCCAGGUUGUUUCUCACCCUUCCAUCAACACAAGACUCAGUGCUCAGGUAUAGAAAAAUGACAGAUAUCUGAAAGCACCAUGCUGAGUCACAGCAUGAACAAUUCAUUUUUGUCCAGGUCUGAGUGACUAUUGGUAGAGACUGGUGCUUCAAAAACAACUGUGUACUGAGCAAACUUAGCUGCUCUCCAUAUCAAACGACAACCCAUUAGCCACUCCCAUGUGUAGGCAUUCCAGAAAGCCCAACUUGAAGUGGGCAGAUGUGUACUGAGUUCUGGAACUGUUAGUGUCAUAUCAUACAGAAUGUUCAUUUCUGCUGUGGAAAUUGUAGAAGAGCAGAACUGCUGUUUUUAAUGUCUUUGAGGACUUGAAAGUGUUCUUGGAUUGCUUAUUGCUCUUCCUAAAUCUCACUCCUACUUUCAAAGGCUCUGUAGCUUGCUCAUAUUAAAAAGAGGACAAUGUAUCUUUAUUCCAUUGAGUUUUCUUUUUUCUGAAGUUAUGUGACUUAAUAAGAGAAAGGAGACUUAAACUUACUUAUUUGUCAAAUGAGGUUGGCGGUGAUGGUCACCAUGUUUCCUUCUGGGAAAACAAAGUCCACACCGAGUGCUAAACAUUUGAAGCAUAGUAGUUCAGGGAUCAUAGAAAUUAUCACAUGAAGCCAGGAUGGUGUUCUUGUUUAACAAAAUGAAAGAACCAAGAAACUACAGUGUGCCCAAGGCCACAAGGUUAGAUGAGGUAGAACCUGGAUAUGUGAGAUUCUUCUGGUUCUAAAUGCAUGCAUCUCUCUACCCACCCAUAUGUUUAUGAACGGUCAUGCUUAUUUGUGAGCCAGAAUUUCAUUAGGACAGGAUACUGAGAAGCCAGCUGAAGGACAGAGGGAGAAAUUAGCAUGCUCAAAGCUUGCCCUGGACAUUGACAGGUUACCUGUGACAUGAAUUCAUACAUAUGGACAACUAGAAACAGGAGAGACACUGUUGACAAAUUGUUACUGAGUUCUUCAAAUUGUGUAAAAUAGGUUGGUAUUUGACUCUGUCUGUUAUGCUAUAGAAUGUGCUGUAAUUCUUACACAUGUUGUGAAUGUCUGUAAUAUGGAUUAAUAAAGGUUUCUUUAAUGCUCC